AUGUCCCGCACCGACCUCGAGCCGAUCCACAUCUGGGGCAAAGGGGGCCCGAACCCGCCCAAGGUAGCCAUGAUCCUAGGCGAGCUCGAUCUGCCGCACGAGCUGCAGUUCGUCGACUUCUCCGAGGUCAAGCAGCCGGCGUACCUAGCGAUCAAUCCCAACGGGCGGAUCCCGGCGAUGCACGACCCCAACACGGGCGUCACGCUCUGGGAGUCGGCCGCCAUCGUUCUGUAUCUCGUCGAAACCUACGACAAAUCCCAAAGGAUCAGCUUCGCGCCGGGUACGCCCGAGCACCACCACGCGCACCAGUGGCUGCUCUUCCAGGCGUCGGGCCAGGCGCCGUACUACGGCCAGGCGACGUGGUUCCAUAAGUUCCACGCCGAGCGGCUGCCCAGCGCCGUCGCGCGCUACGUCGCCGAGAUGCGCCGCGUGACCGGCGUGCUCGAGACGUGGCUGACCAAGCAGAAGGCAGAGAAUGAGGGCAAGGGCGGCGACGGCCCGUGGCUCGUCGGCAACAGGGCUUCGUACGCCGACAUCGCGUUCGUCUCGUGGCAGCUCAUCGGCCCCGGAACUGUCGAGGGCCAGGGCUUUGAUGCCGACGAGUUCCCCGUGGUCAAGGACUGGCUCGCGCGCCUCACUGCGCGUCCUGGCGUCGCCUACGGCUGGUCGACCAAGCAGGUGCCGGGCCACUGA